GGGCAGGUUGCUCUCUUCUUUGCCUGUUACAGAAACUAGUGCGGUGAGGCGAUCAGAGUAAUUUUUGGGAAGCUAGAUUGUUUGUAUUCACCCAUAUAUAUGUCCUAGAGACUUCAGAACUAGUAGCAGUGGUUUCUUGGCAGGAUGGUGUUGGCAUUUGAGUCAGGCUCAUGAAGGGGCAGCCCCCAGCCUCGCCGAGGAUAGGGGCGAAUCACCGAGAGUUGUUAGCCAAGAUGGCGGUGGCGGUUGCGGCGGCGCGGUUUGGGGGGCCAAGUAGAGGCUUGGGCCAGGCUGGCCUCCUGCUCCUGCGGCGGCUUGGAGAUCGGAGGCUGCCUAGAUCUCAGCCUCGGAGGUUACAGCAGCAGCACUUCUCAUCCCUGGAUGACAAGCCCCAGUUCCCAGGGGCCUCGGCGGAGUUCAUAGACAAGCUGGAGUUCAUCCAGCCCAAUGUCAUCUCAGGGAUCCCCAUCUACCGGGUCAUGGACCGGCAGGGCCAGAUCAUCAACCCCAGCGAAGACCCCCAUCUGCCACAGGAGAAGGUGCUCAAGUUCUACAAGAGCAUGACGCUGCUCAACACCAUGGACCGCAUCCUGUACGAGUCCCAGCGGCAGGGCCGGAUCUCCUUCUACAUGACCAACUAUGGUGAGGAGGGGACGCACGUGGGGAGUGCAGCCGCCUUGGACAACACGGACCUCGUGUUUGGCCAGUACCGGGAGGCAGGUGUGCUGAUGUAUCGGGACUACCCCCUGGAAAAGUUUAUGGCCCAGUGCUACGGCAACGUGAACGACCUGGGCAAGGGGCGCCAGAUGCCUGUCCACUAUGGCUGCAGGGAGCGCCACUUCGUCACCAUCUCCUCUCCACUGGCCACACAGAUUCCUCAGGCGGUCGGGGCGGCCUAUGCGGCCAAACGGGCCAACGCCAACAGGAUUGUCAUCUGUUACUUCGGUGAGGGUGCAGCCAGUGAGGGGGAUGCCCACGCCGGCUUCAACUUUGCCGCCACCCUCGAGUGCCCCAUCAUCUUCUUCUGCCGAAACAAUGGCUAUGCUAUCUCCACGCCCACCUCUGAGCAGUACCGCGGGGAUGGCAUCGCGGCUCGAGGCCCUGGGUAUGGCAUCCUGUCGAUCCGUGUGGACGGCAACGAUGUGUUUGCUGUGUACAACGCCACCAAGGAGGCCCGGCGGCGGGCUGUGGCAGAGAACCAGCCCUUCCUUAUUGAGGCCAUGACCUACAGGAUUGGGCACCACAGCACCAGCGACGACAGCUCGGCGUACCGCUCAGUGGAUGAGGUCAAUUACUGGGACAAGCAGGACCACCCCAUCUCGCGGCUGAGGCACUAUAUGCAGAGCCACGGCUGGUGGGACGACGAGCAGGAGAAGGCCUGGCGGAAGCAGUCUCGCAAGAAGGUGAUGGAGGCCUUCGAGCAGGCUGAGCGGAAGCUGAAGCCCAACCCCAAGUUGCUCUUCUCGGACGUCUAUCAGGAGAUGCCAGCCCAGCUCCGCAAGCAGCAGGAGUCCCUGGCCCGUCACCUCCAGACCUACGGCGAGCACUACCCCCUGGACCACUUUGAGCAGUGAGGCCUGCUAGCCCCACCCCCCACCUCAGCCACCCCUUGAGGCAGCUCCAGGUUGAGGGGCGGAGGGAGGUGGCAGGACACUGUCCCCAUUCCCAGCCAGCUCUUCCCAAGAUACUUGGGCCCCAGGGCAGUGCCUGAGAUGGUAAGGGGAACUUCCGCUCACCACCCCUGCUCCUCCACACUGUUACAUUGUGGGGGGCUCUGUCAGCCCCCCCUUUGCCUUCUCCCAGGGACCAGGCCUAUAGGACUGGAAGCCCCUCUGGGCUGGGGGCGGGCAUGGCAGGUCAGCACGUGGAACUUAAAGUGAGAGGUGCAGCAGACAGUGAAUAAACUGUGUCUGUACUUGG